GCUCGGGGCUGAGAUGCUGGCGUCCGCUCCCGGGAAGGCGCGGACAUACCUGCCAACGGAGGCUGAGCGGGCGCCAGCGCACCCUCCGGGAGCCGCCAGCGCCUCCCCGCGGCCCGGGACGCCCGUGCCUUGGCCAGGACCAAGGCCAGCGGCCACUCCGUAGCAGCCGGAGCGGGUGGGAGCGCCUGGCUUCUGGCCGCGGCCGCCGCCCGCCCGCCGGCUCCGGUGGUUGGGCGGAGGAAGCGCGGAACUCCUCCUCCCCGCCGUAUUAACAUGCACCCAGGGGCGGGUGACCAGCCCAGCCUCGCCGCCCCUGCCCGCCGCGUCCCGGCGCUCAGCCUCCGCGCCAGAGGCGAGCGCUGCGCUCCGGGCGCCGCAAACCCGAGGACGCGGCCUCGCAGCCACCUUCGGCCGGCGGGGAGCGGCAGGACCGGCGGCGCGAGCGGCUGCAGCCACCUCGGCGCCUGCCUGGGCUCCUUCCCUUCACCUCGCUGAGAGGCGUCCGGGACUGCGGGGCCACCGCUCUGGUCCUCGCUCCGAGGCUCGUGGGACGGACUGACAGACGGACGGACGCAGCCAGCGAGGGACCGACUGCGGGCAGCGAAAACUGAGUGAUACUAUUGGGCCAUUUUUAGUGACUGCUGCUCAAACCUUUUCCUGGGACACUUUCUUCAAAAGACCAGCACACAUUCAGCUUGCCCAGAUAUAAUCCCAGAUUAAUGAAGGACUUCUAGAAGGGACUAUAUUAGUCUCACCAGGACUGAGUCAUUGAGCAUCGCAUACCUAGAGUGACAUCUGGUUAACGCUAUCAAGGACAGCAACAACCUGAAAUCGGGGUCUCCUCCUGGUUUGAAGUGUGGAGAAAUAAGAACUUGGAGAGUGAUCAUCAAAGGUUACAUCUGCUCUGGGAUUUGCUGAAUGUCACCUGGAGGCCCCUGUGUCUGCUUCAGAGAGCUCCUGUUGAAUGACAAAGACCUAAGAGCAGUCUUUGCCCAAGACGGGUCUGGAACUUAAAGGGGUUCCCAUGACCCCUGCGAUUGCUUCCAGUCAGCAAUGAAAGGAUUAUCGGGUAGCCGCAGCCACCACCAUGGGAUCACCUGCGAGUCAGCCUGUGACUCCUUGUCACACCACUCAGACCACAAGCCGUACCUGCUGAGCCCGGUAGACCACCACCCUGCGGACCAUCCCUACUACACCCAACGGAAUUCUUUCCAGGCCGAGUGCGUGGGGCCCUUCAGCGAUCCGCUAGCCAGCAGCACCUUCCCGCGCAGGCACUACACCUCGCAGCAGGAGCUGAAGGACGAGAGUGCCCUGGUGCCACGCACACUGGCCACCAAGGCGAAUCGCCUCCCCACCAACCUGCUGGAUCAGUUUGAGAGGCAGCUGCCUCUCAGCCGGGAUGGCUAUCACACGCUACAGUACAAGCGCACCGCUGUGGAGCAUCGCAGCGAUAGCCCCGGCCGCAUCCGGCACCUGGUCCACUCGGUCCAGAAGCUCUUUACCAAGUCUCAUUCCCUGGAGGGGCCAUCCAAAGGCAGCGUCAACGGGGGCAAGGCUAGCCCUGACGAGUCGCAAACUGUGAGAUAUGGCAAGCGCAGCAAGAGCAAGGAGAGGCGGUCAGAGUCCAAGGCUAGAUCCAAUGCCUCUAACGCCUCCCCUACCUCUCCCAGCUGGUGGAGCUCGGAUGACAACCUGGAUGGCGACAUGUGCCUCUACCACACGCCAUCGGGUGUGAUGACCAUGGGCAGGUGCCCUGACCGCUCUGCUUCGCAGUACUUCAUGGAAGCCUACAACACCAUCAGCGAGCAGGCAGUGAAGGCUUCCCGGAGUAACAAUGACAUCAAGUGCUCCACCUGUGCUAACCUGCCAGUCACGCUGGAUGCCCCACUUCUGAAGAAGAGUGCCUGGUCCUCCACUCUCACCGUGAGCAGAGCCCGAGAGGUUUAUCAGAAAGCCUCGGUGAACAUGGAUCAGGCCAUGGUGAAGUCCGAGGCUUGUCAACAAGAGCGGUCCUGCCAGUACUUACAGGUUCCCCAGGAUGAAUGGACAGGGUACACACCUCGCGGGAAAGACGACGAGAUCCCGUGCCGGAGGAUGCGCAGUGGUAGCUACAUCAAAGCCAUGGGGGAUGAGGACAGUGGGGACUCGGACACGAGCCCCAAGCCAUCUCCCAAGGUGGCUGCAAGAAGAGAAAGCUAUCUCAAGGCCACCCAGCCAUCCCUUACAGAGCUCACCACCCUCAAGAUCUCCAACGAACACUCCCCCAAACUCCAGAUCCGGAGUCACAGCUACCUGAGGGCAGUAAGUGAAGUCUCCAUCAACAGAAGCCUGGACAGCCUGGACCCUGCAGGCUUGCUCACAUCACCAAAGUUCCGCUCCAGAAACGAGAGCUACAUGCGAGCCAUGAGCACCAUAAGCCAGGUGAGCGAGAUGGAGGUGAACGGACAGUUCGAAUCCGUGUGUGAGUCUGUGUUCAGUGAGCUGGAGUCACAGGCAGUGGAAGCUCUUGACCUGCCCAUGCCUGGCUGCUUCCGUAUGCGGAGCCAUAGCUACGUGCGGGCCAUCGAGAAGGGCUGCUCCCAGGAUGACGAGUGCGUGUCACUGAGGUCGUCCUCCCCUCCACGCACAACCACCACCGUGAGGACCAUCCAGAGCAGCACCGUGUCAUCUUGCAUUACAACAUAUAAGAAGACACCACCUCCAGUCCCACCCAGAACUACCACGAAACCUUUCAUUUCUAUCACAGCCCAGAGUAGCACAGAGUCCGCGCAGGAUGCUUACAUGGACGGGCAAGGCCAGCGUGGGGAUAUGAUCAGCCAGUCUGGUCUCAGCAACUCCACCGAAAGUCUGGACAGUAUGAAGGCUCUCACGGCUGCCAUCGAGGCUGCAAACGCCCAGAUCCACGGCCCGGCAAGUCAGCACAUGGGCAGCAAUGCUGCUGCUGUCACCACCACCACCACCAUAGCCACUGUCACCACCGAGGAUAGGAAGAAAGACUUUAAGAAAAACAGAUGCCUAUCUAUUGGGAUACAGGUGGACAAUGCUGAAGAGCCGGAGAAAAUGGCAGAGAGUAAGGCGUCCAGUAAGUUCCAGUCCGUGGGAGUGCAAGUAGAAGAGGAGAAGUGCUUCCGCAGGUUCACUCGGUCCAACAGUGUGACAACCGCAGUACAGGCUGACCUGGACUUCCAUGAUAAUCUGGAAAAUUCUCUGGAGUCUAUAGAGGACAAUUCGUGUCCCGGCCCCAUGGCCAGACAGUUCUCGCGGGAUGCUAGCACCUCCACCGUCAGUAUCCAGGGUUCAGGAAACCACUAUCAUGCCUGUGCAGCUGACGACGACUUUGACACGGAUUUUGACCCCUCUAUCCUGCCUCCUCCGGACCCCUGGAUUGACUCUAUCACCGAAGACCCUCUGGAGGCCGUUCAAAGAUCCGUGUGCCACCGGGACGGCCACUGGUUCCUGAAACUUCUCCAGGCAGAGCGAGACCGCAUGGAAGGGUGGUGCAAGCAAAUGGAGAGAGAAGAGAGGGAGAGCAACCUCCCCGAGGACAUUCUAGGGAAAAUCCGAACCGCGGUGGGCAGUGCCCAACUUCUCAUGGCGCAGAAAUUCUACCAGUUCAGAGAACUGUGUGAAGAGAACCUGAAUCCCAAUGCUCACCCGAGACCCACUUCCCAGGAUUUGGCGGGGUUUUGGGACAUGCUGCAGUUGUCCAUAGAAAAUAUUAGUAUGAAAUUUGAUGAACUUCAUCAGUUAAAGGCCAAUAAUUGGAAACAGAUGGAUCCUCUUGACAAGAAGGAGCGAAGGGCCCCUCCUCCAGUGCCAAAGAAGCCGGCGAAGGGCCCCGCGCCGCUGAUCCGGGAGCGCUCGCUGGAGAGCUCGCAGCGCCAGGAGGCCCGCAAGCGCCUGAUGGCCGCCAAGCGCGCCGCGUCGGUCCGCCAGAACUCGGCCACCGAGAGCGCCGAGAGCAUCGAGAUCUACAUCCCCGAGGCGCAGACCCGGCUCUGAGCGCCGCCAAGGACCGUCCCGCAUCCCUGUCCUCGGCCGCCUCCCCGUCCCCUCCGUCUCUGAGCUCAGUGACCGCCACCGUCGUGGUGUAGUUGUCCACCUCGCAGGAGCCGUCCCCAGGCCGCCCCACUUCCUGGACCACUUUGCCCAUCUUCUCCACCGAGCUUCGCUCCCCUGUCCUGAAGCCUCAUGCAGACAUACAAACCCUUUAUUUUCUGGGCCAAGCAAACCCACCUGUGUAGAAAACGACACCUGUAGGUCACUCACCCUCCUCAGUUCUCUCAAGCUAGUGUGCCCCUAGAACUCAGCAAUAUAAAACCAUAGGGUAUUUCAGAAACCCAGUAUCACAUAGGGUGAUCUUUUGGGACUUACCGUCUUCCACGUGAAAGAAACGAGGGCUCCGACUCCCUUUAUUUGCCCCCAAACGGUUAUUUUCUUCAAGCAGAGAGCGCUUUAUUUCUAAUCUCAGAAAUCACACCAUCUAAUUAGAAUCAAGGGUGACACAGAGUGGGGACCAAGCUGGCCUAUAGGGUUGGGGGCCUGGGUGUGUAGGAGAGAAGGGCGGAGCGCGCAGGUAUAUGCAUCUGUGCCCUCGCACCUGUACAAACUGCCUCACUGGUACUUCAUCAACCACAGCUUCAAAUGUUUCAAUCAGCAGAAGAUUGUAAAUUCGAUCUUUCAGGGAAAUCAAUCUAUUCUGAAAGGCAAUAAAACGAAGCAAGUUAAGGCAAAAGAGAACACCGGUGGUUUAAGAUCCUCUAUAAGGAAUCCAUUUAUUUAUCUUGAGAAAAUUUUAGACCUGAUUUUUUUUUUAAUCAACUUUUCUUGUACUCCGUGUAUUAUAAUAUCAUAGCAAGAGUUUUAAAAUGGAGGGUGGGAAAGAGUUGAUUCUGUUAGUUCAGCGUCCUUACUGGUGGGGUCACUUAAGAUUUCACACACGGAAGAACGUUUCUGCUUCUGAGGGGUGGCAAGGCCAUUUGCAGAGGAGAGUUCAGGUUCUCCUGCCACCCUUUGAAUGCCACACAUCCGUCUAGUCUAGUUCAGCCCAGUCCUUCGCAUUUCGGGGGCGUUUUUCUCCUUCGGUCUCCUCUCACUCCAAUACAGAGUUCACCUGUUCCCCAGCACAGGAUUUUGUUCUAUGUCAAAUGAAUAAAAUAAAAGGUUUUCUACCCCCAGUUGACAUGCUGCCUCAUUCCAAAGAGCUGUCGUUAUGAUCCUGAAGUUCCAGGUAUUGGAGAGAAGUCAUCUGAUACGCAGGGGUCAAGAACUAGGAGCAGGCAGGGCAGUCGGCACUCAUAAACGCUGAUAGAAAUCCAAGCUUUUGGGUGGAUUCCAGGCUCGCUGUUGGCUUGCAAUUUAGUCAUGGUUGAUGGGCUGUGUGCACGAGCUUCUAGCUGAAGUCUCCCAAUGCUCUCUACUUGUAGUGGUUUAAACAUUCAGAAUGGAUCAGCCAUAGCCUGUCAAGUCGGUAACCUAAAGAAUUAGACACUUGCCGUUAGAAAGAAAGAAAGAAAAAGAAAGAAAGAAAGAAAGA